ACCCCGUGAUACUCAAGGUCAUAUCUUCUUGUAUUAUUGAGGAGGGCAGUGGCGAUCAGCUCAGCUACUUUGAGAUAGUCACUAUAAAGCGAGGGGGCCGGUCGAAGCUGUGCUAUCUGUGCCUUGGGCGACAUGCUUUGUAUCUUCUACGCAUCAACAUGAGAGGAAUCAUCAGCAACGGAGCGAUCGAGUAUGAUAGUAUAGACAAGGUGGUGAUCGAUCCAAGCAACAACUCAUCACUCCUGUUGAUCUUGGCAGGGGCAACUCUGUGGAAGGAUAAUCGGGUGCCAUUAGAAUCGGAGGGCCGACACAGUCUGCUGGCUCGUCUGGUCAUCGCUUGGCAAGCUCAUUAUAUGUGGAAGACCAGCACGUUGAAGUAUCUCCCUAUAGUGGAGUACCCUCUUGACCCGUUGCAGACAGUUGGUCAGCAGACUCCGCCAUCUGCAUUGGUUCAACCCUUCAGAGGAUUCAUCAGGAAGGUCAUCGGAGACUAUUCCGUCUUUCUGAGAGAGGAGUUUCGAGAUCAGCCUUUGAUAGAUCGAUACAAUGGAGCAGCCAGGGAAUAUUGCUUCGUGGAUGACAGGGAGAUUGAGUGCAUCAUCCGUAUUGAAGACGCCAGUCCAUCUGCUAUCACUGCGGAUGAGAUACACUUGAAAUUCCUAGCAGCCCAGGAGAGGCUCAACACUAUUGAUCGCUCGGAGGCGUGGUUCAACGUCAUUCGGGAUGGAGCCUAUGUGAAGCAUAUGAACUUGAACGACGACUUGGCAUCCUGGUGCGGUUGGGAGUUCCUCGUCAAGACGAUGACCCGGGCCACGGCUUGUGUGUUGUUACGACGGAAGUAUAUACCUCCUCUGAUGGAUCAUAGUCAGGACAUUAUAGUGACGGUAAAUUGUCCGUUGAAAAUGAUGGGAAAAGGCAGGUUCACUGAUGAGGACCUCGCAACGGAGUGCUAUAUAAUAGCUGACUCUGUCACUUCUAUGAACGACAAGUCUACAGUAUACUGCGAUCUGUUACAAGCCAAAAUAGAUGCGCUCAUGUUCCCCUCGGAGGCUUACAAAUGGUUGGAAGCUCGACUGGACGUUCGACCGAGUUUUGCACUACUCAUUGAGGAGGGCGCGUUGAUGUGGCUGGUCGGUGUCGAGGAAAUACCUUCUGGAACCUCGACAAGUGAAGCGUUACUGUCGACGGUUUCCCACCCCUCAAUGGCAAAGGUUCUCGCCAAUUCGAUAGGACAUCCAGACGCGACACACAGUUUGAAAAUGUGCAUCUGCAAGAUGAUAUCCAGCAUGCCCUCGAAAGUGGAUGGAAAAGUGAUUACCAGCUCUGGGUCGACUUCGCCGGGAUCGACUGUAGAGAGACCAGAAGCUGGCGACAAGCCAUUGAAGUUACUCACUACUGUUCUAGUCGAGCUCCUUCGGAAGGAGAAAUGUGCCUGCCUUAUGGCAGAGGUAUCGUCUGCCUUGAUUGGCAUCAUGUCUGUUGAUAAUUCGAUGGGAGAGUCUUUGGCGGAUGCUGGAGUGGUGAAGCUAGCGGCAAGUCUUCUCGUAGUCAAGGAUGACCGUCUAGUGUUGGCCAUCCUAAGGCUCCUGGUGUGCAUGGUGGACAUGUCACCACAAGCGAAGCCUCCCUGCAUAUCGUACGAUAUUCCUCAUGAAACAGCAGAGAUCAUAAGGACCAAUUGUGAUACCACGAGCAAGUAUGCAGUGGUUGGGUAUGCGUGCCGGCUUCUAGCGGGGCUCUGUGCUGACGAGGCAACUCGAUCGAAAUUGAUUGCAAGGUCGCCCUGCAUCAUAGAUCACGUUCUACGAGCAUUCCGCAACGCUCCGCCCCGAAGCCCUGCUCAAGCAAUGUGCCUCCGGGCGCUCGAUCGGCUCGGUCGAGGACUCGCGGGAGAGAAGUUGGUCAGCGUUCGCGACGCUGUGACUGGAACUCUCAUAAGAGAUCUUGGAGGACUCUUCACCAGUCUCAUUACUGCCACCGAUUCUGGAUCUGCUCCCAUCUGCAGAGACAUCAAUGAAUACAUCCUAAGCUCUCUAUCACUUUUUGAGAUGCUGGUUGGAGAGGCCAUGGAGGCUAACUGUGCCUUUUUCAAGGAGAAAGGCUUGCUUCAUGUUCUGUCGUCGAUGCGGUCGAGAUUGCCGGAGGAAUCGACUGAUUUGCGAAGUAAAAUCGCAGCAUUGGACGAGCGUAUCAAAGAAGGCGCUUCUGAAGGCCUUGCAGCCUCUGGCCUCUUGAUGGACGCCUGAGCGCUUCAGUUCUCACAUUUCUGUGCUACAUUGUCGUCGACUGAAUC